AUGGCUAGCUACUUGAUCACCGGGGCAAAUCGUGGCCUUGGAUACGGCUUUAUCCAGGUCUUGGCCAGAGAUUCCUCCAAUACAGUCAUUGGACUUGUCCGCGACAAGACAGCCGCGGAUAAGCAACUCGCCGCGGAUGGCAUCAAGAACGUCACCUUCAUUCAAGCCGCCAUAGCUGACCGCAAAUCCCUGGUCGCUGCUCGAGACGAGGUCCUCAAGAUUACUGGCGGACGCCUCGACUAUCUUAUCAACAACGCCGCUUUCAUUGCUGAAACGACCCAGGCCGGUGCCCUUGACGAGUUCGACGAUAGGCAAGACCAACUCGAGCACGACCUGGUCCAAUCGUUCUAUGUCAAUGUGGUCGGAAUCAUCAACACAAUCAAUGUCUUUUUGCCACUCAUCAAGAAAAGCUCCGUCAAGAAGGCUGUCUUGAUCUCCUCAGGCAUGGCUGACCCUGAUCUGGUCAAUGGUGGAAUUGCCGACUCGGCCCCCUAUACAAUCAGCAAGGCUGCCGCUAACAUGGCCAUCUUCAAGUACAAUGCCAAGUACAAGGAUCAAGGCGUUUUGUUCUUUGCAAUCUCACCGGGUAUCGUGGCUACCCGGGAAGGGUUAGAGGAGUCCACAACCGUCCAGAAGCUAAAGGCCGCCAUGCCUCACUGGACUGGCCCGUUAACCCCGGUACAAUCAGCGGAGAUGGUACUCGGAGUAAUCUAUGAUUCCAGUCUUGAAAACGGGAGUGGUGGUGCUUUCGUAUCGCACUACGGUACCAAGCAGUGGCUCUGA